GAGAGAGAGAGAGAGAGAGAGGAAGGAAAAGUUUGCCAAAUGGAUUUCUUCGGGGGAGUCAGACCUUUAUUAUUUUCAUAUUUUCUCAUUAACGGUAUAUUAAUUACAUUACAGACUAAAGAAGAGGUUCUUUUGGAUAUGAGGGCAACAGGAGGUGAACUGGGCUGGCUGACAUGGCCCUUAGAGCAGGGAGACAGGCCCGGGUGGGAGGUCGUCCAGAGGACUCUGAAUGGCUCUCAGUUCUACACCUACUCCGUCUGCAACGUUGGCGAACGGGAGCAGGACAACUGGCUGCGCACCACCUUCAUCCAGCGGCGGCCGUCGGCCUCGCGGGUUUUCGUCGAGAUCCAGUUCAUCGUGCGUGACUGCAACUCUUUCGACGGCGCCUCACUGACCUGCAAAGAGACCUUCAACCUCUUCACGUCAGAGUCGGACGCAGACGUUGGGACGACCUUCCGCAAGGGCCAGUUUAAGAAAGUGGCCACGAUAGCUCCUGACGAGAUCACCAGCAAAAACGAGAUGCGCAUCAACAAAGAGACGCGAGUGGUGGAGAGCCUGUCACGAAAAGGUUUCUACCUGGCCUUUCAGGACAUCGGGGCGUGCGUUGCGCUCCUCUCUGUCCGGGUCUACUACAAAACCUGCCUGGCCACAGUGAAGAGCCUCGCCUCGUUCCCCGAGACCGUGGCCGGAGGUGAAAACCAGGCUCUCCGGGAAGUGAGCGGAGUGUGCGUGGAUAACGCCGUCAGCGAGGAGUUGCCUCGCAUCUACUGCACCGUGGACGGGGAGUGGGUGGUGCCGGUCGGGCAGUGCCAGUGCAAACCAGGCUAUGAGGAAGUGGAAGACGCGUGUCAAGAAUGUCAGCCCGGCUUCUUCAAAGCUGCAGCAUCCGGGGAGAAGUGUGAGCCGUGCCCUGCCAACACCAAGAGGCAGGACUCUGGGGCUUUGGUUUGUCCCUGCAUGGACGGCUUCUACCGGGCCCCGACCGACCCCCCCACCGGACCCUGUUCAGGCCUCCCCUCUGCCCCGCGAGACCUCAUGGCCACCACCACCCAGCUCUCCGCGGGAAAACUCCUCCUCUCGUGGAACCCGCCUGAAGACACCGGAGGUCGCUCCGACAUCACCUACAGCGUGAUGUGCCAGCGCUGCGAGGGCGGCGCCUGUCAGCCCUGCGGGGAGAAGAUCCGCUACGACCCAUCCAGCGUUGGCCUGACUGAGACCAAGGUGUCGGUGAGCGAGCUGGACGCUCACCUCAACUACACCUUCACCGUGGAGGCUCACAGCGGCGUGUCGGUGUUUGCCAGUCAGGCGACACCGCGGGCUCACGGACCGACAUCCACCAGCACCCUGACUACAUCUCUGCACUACACAGAUCCCCCCAAGAUUACCGCCAUGCGACUGGUGGAGAGGACCUCCACCAGCUUGUCUCUUUCCUGGGACGUAUCUCCCCGACCACCCGCCCAACACCGGCCCGUCCGCUACGAGCUGAUCUACCGCAAGAAGGACGAUAACCUGGAUGUGACGACCUUCAUCGUGCUCAAACUGGAGAAGAACUCGGUGCAGAUCAGCGAUCUGGCCCCGGGCACAGCCUACCUGUUCAGGGUCCAGGCCCUGGGCAGCGACGGGAGCCCCGGAGGCUCCAGCGUGGAGGAACAGUACGAGACCUCUUCUUCUGAAGGACGCCUCACUCAAAGCAACACAGCAGCCGUGCUCGGUGCAGCGGUCGGAGGAGCGGCCAUGUUGUUCAUAGUGAUCGUGGUCCUGUUCCUACGCAGACGGAAGAGAAACUCUCACACCAGGCAAGGACCAGAGGACACCUACUUCUCCAGCCCAGAGCAACUGAAGCCUCUGAAGACCUACGUGGACCCACACACAUACGAGGACCCCAACGUAGCCGUCCUGAAGUUCGCCACUGAAAUCCACCCCAGCCACAUAACCAAACAGAAAGUCAUUGGAGCUGGGGAGUUUGGCGAGGUGUACCGGGGGAUUCUGAGGGUGCCGGGGAGGAAGGAGGUGGCGGUGGCGAUCAAGACGCUGAAGCCCGGCUACACGGAGAAACAGAGGCAGGACUUUCUGAGCGAAGCCUCCAUCAUGGGUCAGUUCUCUCACCAGAACAUCAUUCGCCUGGAGGGGGUGGUCACCAAAUGUAAGGAUUUCUUCAAACACGCCAUGAUCGUGACUGAAUACAUGGAGAACGGAGCACUGGACAGGUACCUGAGGGACCACGACGGUGAGUUUUCCUCCUUCCAGCUGGUGGGCAUGCUGCGCGGCAUCGCUGCCGGCAUGAAGUACCUCUCUGACAUGAGCUACGUCCACCGCGACCUGGCUGCCCGCAACAUCCUCGUCAACAACACCCUGGAGUGUAAAGUGUCCGACUUCGGCCUGUCCCGGGUGCUGGAGGACGAUCCCGAGGGGACGUACACCACGAGUGGAGGUAAGAUCCCCAUUCGCUGGACGGCUCCAGAGGCAAUAGCGUACAGGAAGUUCACCUCAGCCAGCGACGUGUGGAGCUUUGGCAUCGUCAUGUGGGAGGUCAUGGCAUUUGGCGAAAGGCCUUACUGGGACAUGAGUAACCACGAGGUGAUGAAGGCCAUCAACGAGGCGUUCAGGCUGCCGGCGCCCAUGGACUGCCCCUCGGCCGUUUACCAGCUGAUGCUGCAGUGCUGGCUUCAGGAUCGCUCCAAGAGGCCACGCUUCGGAGACAUCGUCAGUCUGCUGGACAAACUGCUGCGGAGCCCAGAGUCCCUGAAGACCAUCGCAGACUUUGACCCACGCGUAUCCAUCCGCCUGCCCAGCACCAGCGGCUCGGACGGUUCUCCCUUCAGGUCGGUGUCCGAGUGGCUGGAGUCCAUCAAGAUGAGCCAGUACAGCGAGAACUUCACGUGCGCCGGGAUCGUCACCAUGGACCAGGUCCUGCAGAUGAAGAACGAGGACAUUAAGAACAUCGGGGUGAGGCUCCCCGGCCAUCUGAAAAGAAUCGCCUACAGCAUCUUGGGUCUGAAGGACCAGACCAGCACCCUGAGUGUGUUUGCAGUGUGAUCCUGACGCCGACGGAGGGAAUUAAAAUGGGGCACUGACGCCAGGCGGCCCUCUGAACUCUGAGCUGAGCCGGAGCGACACUGCAGGGACGCCGCUCGAUCGGCGGAACCGAGAGAAAACGUCUCGCCAUCCUUUGGGGCCAACUGACUUAACUCAGACUGACUUACUGUACAUUUUUUUUUUUUGUUUUUUGUUUUUAUUUCUUCAUCUUAUCCACACGGGAAUGGAACAAAAUAUACAACAAUAGAUGUAUCAGUUAGACUCUGUAUAUUUAGAAAUCUAUUUUUAUUACUCAUGUCUUCUGUACAGAUACAAUCCAUUGCUCAUGCAUUUAUUUUAAUUUUUUUUUUUCUUCAUUUCACAUUCCGGCUUCAUAAACAUCAACAAUCGAGCCAGUUCGUUCUGGGAACAGCUUCAACUGCAGAAACUGCACCCUGAGCUCGUCGCGCC